AUGGCGCCCGGCCGAGGCCGAGGCCGACGGCGGCGGGGCCGCCCCGCCCGGGCCGCCGCGGAGUCCGGAGGCCGGGGCCGCGGGCGCGGGUCCCGCCGGGCCGGCCGCGGCCGCCGCCCCGGGCCCCCGGCCUCCCGCGCGCCCUGGGCGCCCGGCCCCGCGGGCGGCGCCUCGGGAGCCAGCUGGCUGGCGGCGCUGCUCCUGCCGCGCUGCGGGCCACACCUCCCCGACAUCCCCGAGAUGCCCGAGGUGCUGUUCCAGGUGAGCGGCCGGGGCGGGGUGGGGCUGCGGGCUCUGGGGCUGACUGAUGUGGGGGUUCCCUGGCAGUGGGCCAGGCUGGGGCUCCCACUCCCCGGCCCUGACAGCUUCCUUCCUUCCUUCCUCCCUCCCUCCCUGUCCACGCAGCCGGCUCCCGGGAGGCUGCUGACCGCCAGGAUAGAGCUGGGGGCCCGGCGGCUUGAAGAUGGGCGCCCGGGGCCGGCCACCCUCUCAGGUGGGAGCGGGAGCCGGGGGGGAGAGGCUCCGGAGAGGAGCAGUGCACCGCGGCCAGUCAUCUCUGCCCCAAAGCAGGCCAGCGAGAGCGCCCCGCAGGCCCAGGCAGCACGGCAGGAGCGGCGGCCGCCGCAGCCCCUGCCGGGGCAAGGGCGGCGCCGGCUGUGGCAGCGCCCUCCGAAGCGGCGGCCGCCAGGGCCCGUGCACCACCCACUGGAACACUGGAUGGAACUGUGGCCGCCGCCGCCUCCCGCCAGGCAAGGGCAGCUGCAGGAACCCCAGCAACACCUGCCCGCGAAGCCACAGCUGCCGCAGAGGCAACAGGUGCCAGGGCAGCCAAUGCCAGAGCAGCAGCAGGAACAGCCGCCGCGGCUGCAAGAACUACAGGAAGAACCCCGGCCUGGGCAGCAGGAGCAGCUGCAGCUGAGGCAGCAGCAGGAAGUGUUACAAGCGCAGCAAGAACAGGAACAGCAGCAGGUGCGACAGCAGGAACAGCUAGGACAGCAGGCACUGCCGCAGCACCGAGGACAGUCACAGAUCCAGGAGCAGUUACAGCAGCGGCAGCAGCAAGAACAGUCACAGAUCCAGGAGCAGUUACAGCAGCGACAGCACCGAGGACAGUCACAGAUCCAGGAGCAGAGCAGUUACAGCAGCGGCAGCAGCGAGGACAGUCACGGAUACAGGAGCAGUUACAGCAGCGGCAGCAAGAACAGUCACAGAUCCAUGAGCAGUUACCGAAGCGGCAGCAGCGAGAACAGUCACAGAUACAGGAGCAGUUACAGCAGCGACAGCAGCGAGAACAGUCACAGAUCCAGGAGCAGUUACAGCAGCGACAGCAAGAACAGUCACAGAUCCAUGAGCAGUUACCGAAGCGGCAGCAGCGAGGACAGUCACGGAUUCAGAAGCAGUUACAUCAGCGGCAACAGCAAGAACAGAACAGUCACAGAUCCAGGAACACAGUUACAGCAGCAGCAGCGAGGACAGUCACAGAUCCAGGAGCAGUUACAGCAGCGGCAGCAGCAAGAACAGUCACAGAUCCAGGAGCAGUUACAGCAGCAGCAGCGAGGACAGUCACAGAUCCAGGAGCAGUUACAGCAGCGGCAGCAGCGAGGACAGUCACAGAUCCAGGAGCAGUUGCAGCAGCGGCAGCAGCAAGGACAGUCACAGAUCCAGGAGCAGUUACAGCAGAAGCUUUUGCAGCAGCAACAACAGUCACAGAUCCAGGAGCAGUUACAGCAGCGGCUGUUGCAGCAGCAAGAACAGUCACAGAUCCAGGAGCAGUUACAGCAGCGGCUGUUGCAGCAGCAAGAACAGUCACAGAUCCAGGAGCAGUUACAGCAGCGGCUGUUGCAGCAGCAAGAACAGUCACAGAUCCAGGAGCAGUUACAGCAGCGGCUGUUGCAGCAGCAAGAACAGUCACAGAUCCAGGAGCAAUUACAGCAGAAGCUUUUGCAGCAGCAACAACAGUCACAGAUCCAGGAGCAGUUACAGCAGCAGCAGCGAGGACAGUCACAGAUCCAGGAGCAGUUACAGCAGCGGCAGCAGCAAGGACAGUCACAGAUCCAGGAGCAGUUACAGCAGCGGCAGCAGCAAGAACAGUCACAGAUCCAGGAGCAGUUACAGCAGCGGCUGUUGCAGCAGCAAGAACAGUCACAGAUCCAGGAGCAGUUACAGCAGCGGCAGCAGCGCCAGGAGCAGUUACAGCAGCAGCUGUUGCAGCAGCAGCAGCAGCAGUUACAGCAGCAGCAGUUGUUACAGCAGCAGCAGCAGUUGCAGCAGCAGCAGGAAGAGCUGCAGCGGCAGAUGUUGGAACAACAGCAGUUACAGCAGCAGCUGCUGCAACAGCAACAGUUACAGCAGCAGAUGUUGCAACAACAGCUGUUGCAGCAGCAGCAGCUGCUGCAGCAGCAAGAGCAGUUGCAACAGCAGCAGCUGCAGCGCCGCCCGGUGGAACCGGAGGAGAAGGAGGAGGAGCAGAUGGUGGAGCUGCAGCUCAUGCCGGUGGACUUGGAGUCGGAGCUGGAGCAGCAGCGGCAGGAGGAGCUGGCACGGCAGCAGGAACAGCGGCAGCUGCAGCUCAAACUGAAGGAGCAGCUGCAGCAGCUGGAGCAGCAACUGCAGCUGGAACAGGAGCAGGAGGUGCAGCUGGAGCUGACCCCGGUGGAACCUGAGCUGCAGCUGGAGCUGGUGUCCACUGUGGGGCCAGGCCCGGCUUCUGGACCUGGCGCCUCGGGACCUGUCGUGGUGGGCCCCCCGGGCUACGUGGUGUUGCAGGAGCUUGUGGUGCUGCCAGCCGUGGCGCCGCCGGCCGUGCUGCCCAUCCCAGGCCCCGCUGGCAGCGCCGCCCUGACUCCAGCCCGGCAGCGGCGACGCCGGCACGGCCGGAACCGGCCGACCACCUGCAGCGAGUGCGGCAAGGCCUUCAGCCGCAGCACCGACCUGGUGCGGCACCAGGCCACGCACACGGGCGAGCGGCCGCACCGCUGCGGGGACUGCGGCAAGGCCUUCUCGCAGCACUCGAACCUGGUGACGCACCAGCGCAUCCACACGGGCGAGAAGCCCUACGCCUGCACGCACUGCUCCAAGCGCUUUGGCGAGAGCUCCGCGCUGGUGCAGCACCGGCGCACGCACACGGGCGAGCGGCCCUACGCCUGCAGCGACUGCGGCAAGUGCUUCAGCGUUUCCUCCAACCUGCUGCGCCACCAGCGCACGCACUCGGGCGCGCUGCCCUACGUGUGCGCGGACUGCGGCGAGCGCUUCCGCCACAAGGUGGAGAUCCGCCGGCACGAGCGCCAGCUGCAUGGCGCCGGCCGCUCGCGGGGCCUGGGGCUGCUCCGCGGGCCGAGCGCGGGGCAGGCGGCCGGGGGCAAGGCUCCGUGACCGGGAGGAGCCGCCCCUCGGACAGGGGACUCACAUCGUGGCCUCCGUGGCCCGCUCCGUGGCCCGGCGGGAUAACCUGGCGUGGCGCCCGGAAGAGGCUCCCUGCGGGUGGAACACGUUCACCCGCAGAAACACCCGGCGGAGAGGCCGGCGUGGCCGGAGCGGCAGAUGUGCACACCGGCACCCGCGGCACAGGCACAGGCACAGGCACAGGCACGCGCACGCACCGGAUUGGGUACCGGUGGUCCAGAAGGCCGCCAGCUUGCCGCCCUGGGCACAUUGAUCUUUCAGGCACCGAAGGGACCCUUGGUGACAGUGGACACGGAGCGCGCACUAACCAGGGGAUCAAAUACCCCAGGCGGUGGGGGCAGUCCCAUGUGCUCGCAGGAAGGACGUGGUCCGGUGAGAAUUAGUCCAAGGAAACGGGCGGACGGCCGCCUGUCUGCACCAGCAGAAAAGGGUGAAGGCACAUUGUCCUCAGGGCCAUGUGCCCUGGAAAUAUUUUCUCAUCAGGGCGGCUAGAACUCGACUCAUAUGUGUGUGUUCUUUUCUGUUUGUUUGUUUUUAAAUAAAUAUUUUAUUGAUCUUU